CUUUGAAUGAGGAAGACUCUCCUAGUCUACUCUUGAGCCACCCCAACUCUAUCCUCCCUAGGAAGAGUUAUGCAUCUCUACCUUGCGGGUAGAGAGCUUCUUAGCUUUACAACAAAGCUCUCACUACACACUUAACCCAACCCGAGGAAGCUACACUUAGCUAUUCCUCAAUAACCCAGUUACAAUAUAAGAAGGGAAUAAGAACUCUAUCUAGAACUCCGAGAGUAGUUUCAGGUGCCUUGGAUUUAGUAUUUUUCUCGAGUAUGUCUCUUUAUAUUUCUCUGAUCAAGCACACUUUCUUCUCUUGAUCUUCCGUCAUAUAUAUAGUAUCAAGCAAAACGUCUGUUGGCUCCUCUUUCCUUAGUUGGUUGCUUGGUAAAUUAAUGGACUUGCCUGGAUAUAUAUAUAGCCAGACGCAGACAAUCAGCCCAGUCCCUUGCCUCCUCCUAGGCAAUAUCGUCGAAGAAAAUGCCGCCCCCGCCCGUGGUCGUAGUCACGGUAAUGUUGCACCGCAUAUACAGACAGAUGCUGACAUAGAUGAAGACGAUGACAAACACGAAAUUGCAGGAGAUGAAGAUGAAUAUGAAGAAGACAAGGAAGAAGGUGAUGGAGAUAAAGAUGAAGAAUAUGAGGAAGAGAGUUAUGGAGAUAAAGAAGAUGAAGAAGAGGGCAAUGGAGAUGAAGUUGAGGGUGGGAACGACGAACAACAAGCAUUGCCUCAAUUCUCUUCACAUCACGAAUCUCCAUUUUUUAGCCACCACAAUAUUAUUACCCGUGGGACAGGGAGCCACCUCAACGUUCUUGGCCGGGGUUAUCAUAAGGAUGAUUAGAUAUAGUUUUCGUAAAUGUAUUA